AUGGCCGCCAACAGCGUGACGGAUCCCGAACGGGAAGUGCUUCAGUGCCGCAUCAACCAGGUUGCCAAUGAGUCUUUGGACAGCACCAGGAGGAUGGUACAUCUGGUGGAGGAGACCAAAGAUGCUGGAAUCCGGGCCUUGGUCAUGUUGGACGAACAGGGAGAACAACUGGACCGGAUUGAGGAAGGCUUGGACCAAAUCCAUGAAGAUAUGAAGCAAGCAGAGAAAAAUCUUUCGGACAUGGCCAAAUGCUGCGGGCUUUUCGUCUGUCCCUGUGCUAAGUAAGACCUCAAAGCCCUGGAGGCUUAUAAGAAGGUGUCCGGCAACAGCCAGGACGACGUGGUCUCCCAGCAGCCUUGCAUGGUGGCCGACGGGAAUCAGAUGGUCAUGAGCGGCCCCUUCAUCCACAGGAUCACGGAAGACGACGCCGAGGAGGAGAUGGAACAGAACAUGGUCUACGUAGACAGCUUGCUGGGAAACCUGCGCAACAUGGCCAUAGAUAUCGGCAAUGAGAUCGACAUCCAGAACAAACAAAUGGACAGCAUUGCAGGGAAGGUCGACACGAACGACACGCGGAUCAGGGGCGCCAACUCCAUCACCGCCAAGAUGCUGAAGUCCUCCUGAGCUGGCCCACCGUCCAUCUUUUACCCGCCUCUCCCUCUCUCCCAACCCCCCACCUCUGAUUUCCUCCGCUCUGUUUCUGAGGAUGGAUUGAUUUCCCACAAGGCCGUUUAGAACACUAAAGGGGGGGCGGGGGCGGAGAAACAGACUGGUUUUAAACCACCGACUUAAAUCGAAUCUCCCCUAGUUCGGAAUCCACGUAUUUCCUGAACCGCCCUGCCCAGUGGAUGGUUACUGUGGCUGAACAGAUAUCGUGACUGACUACGGCCGAGGGGCGUCAUCCAAAACCUAUGCCCGGG